GUACGGAUGCCGACUGGGAGUGCUACAAGUUCGGUUUUGCAACGUGGAUCAGCACAGUGGAUCCUACGUAUCCAGAUCUACUGAGGAAAGCCGAGCUGGAAAGAGAUGAGGUGGCAACAGUCGAAAUGACUGAAGCCGAUGAGCAGUUGUCAACUAAUUUGUUCGCCAUUUUGGUCGGACAGCGUCAAGCCGGCGAAAUCCCUGUAAUGGCCAUGUUAAUCCCAGAACGAAACGGUCUGGAACUCUGGCGACGCAUGCGUGCCCGAUUUGAGCCAGAAAAUAAGCACAAACCGUUUGCAUGGUUGAGAGCUUUGUCGAACCCCACGUUCCCGACAAAAGAAACCUUGUGGCAAAGAGGUUUGGAAGAAUGGGAAGGAGAAAUUGCAAAGUACGAAAGAGAGUACACAAAACAAUUCGACGAAGACCUGUCGCACCCGAAAGGUGAAGGCAAAGGAAACAAGAAAGGAUCCGCCAAAUCCAACUCCGUAAAUGCAAUCGACGCGGCAAACGACGAAACACCCGUGCCUGCAGUCUUAUCGACGUUGCAACAACAAAUCGAUGCGUUGAAACAAGUCACAGCAAACCAAGGAUCGAACAUGUGCUUUGCAGUGGGCGAUUCUCCGGCGAAGGCCGUUGAGAAAACCAAAGUGCAACCAGUCACGCCGUCUCCGCACAACAGCGCGGCAGCACUGCAAACAACAAAGUACAUCAUGGUUGACUCUGGUGCCACAACAAGUUGUGCCAACAAAAUGUCAUUUCCACAAGCUGCGGUGGACCCAACCAAAACCAAAGAGUUGUGGGCCAUCAAUGGAACUCCUAUCCACCACGAGGGCGAAAUGCAAGCAACAACCCAGGUCACUGCAACCACACCGUUUGGAGAAACCACAGUGGUACCGGCCACUUUCCGAAUGGAAAUCACUGACACCAUGGAACCCGUCAUGGCAUUUUGCCGGAUUUUGGACGACGCUGAUUGCGACCUGCAUUUCUUCCGCUGUUCCUCUGCUAAGGUUUCGUGCCUGGUAACUCCGGAUGGGAACACUGUUGAGUUGCCACGUUUCGGAUCACGGUUUUAUCUGCCAUACGAAGACCGACCAAGCGCAGCCGCAGCAUCCGCAGCACAAUUGGUAGCAGCCGUUGGUGACAUGGAAAGCGACGUUGGUGAUCGCGAAAUCCGGGCAGAUGACGCUAGCGUGGACGGUGAAGUUGCGGAACCAACAGUUGAGCCACAAUCCCUGCCGCAACCUCCAACACCCACGGAUGAAGCGCGACAAUUGCAUGAACUCACGCAUGCAGAUUUCGCCUCCUGGUGCCAACAUUGCGUUGCAGGAAAGGCACCCGAAGACAAACACGUCCGAACGAACAAACACGAAGAUGCACAAAUCCCCGUGAUCCAAAUCGACUACCAAUUUUUCAGUCGUGAUGGCGAAUUGGUGGAGGAAGAAAGCCGCAGUGCAACGGUCCUCACUGGCGUUGACACAUCGUCAGGUUUCCCAGUCAUGAUCUUUGCACGCCAAAAGGGUGUCGACGCAUACGUGUUGAAAGCAUUCAUGGUAUGGAUCAAGCGCGUUGGAUACAACAAGGUGCUCCUGCAACAUGAUCCGGAGGAACCAUUGCGUGCAUUGCUGGAACAAGUACAGCAAAAAUUGGGAGCAGACAAGGUACAACUGAGGGCCAGCCCGCGUUACAGUCACCAAAGCCAAGGAGGCGUGGAAGGCAUGAAUCGGAUGAUGGCUGGUGUUGCGAACAUAGUUGUGCGCCCUUCGGGAAAAGUACCCACAUCCAAAUCAGCCGUUGGACAUCAAUCACAUCAUCGUGCCGUGGUUGUGCAAAUGGGUUGCUUUUGUAUGGGCUAG